AUGCAGAACCUUUCAGAGAGUUUACUUAAAGCAGUAAGAAAAGUGACUGAAACUGCUGAAUCAGAAUUGAAGCUCUAUCAAGCAUUCACUAUGAAGAGCUUCACUGACACAAUCACCAUCAUCAAUAAGAAUAGAGAAAACCAGAUCUUAGGUCUGCAGCAGGAGAUCAAAUGUUUACACAGACAGAUAACUACAUCAAAUCUGAAGAUUUCAUCACAAUUGUUCACAAUCUCUUCAGGAGUGUACACAUCAUCAGAGACUGCUGCACAGGAUGAGAAUUCAAGCAUGAAAUAUAUCAAGUCAGAAGAUCUGCUGAAGCCAUCAAGCUUCAAUAGUAACUGA